GCUUGUAGCAGGACGAAAGCGCAGCACCUCGUCGCCCGCGUGCCCGGUCACCGGAUGGAGGGUACGUUUCUCUUAAGUGUGCACGCGGGAAAACGUGACGAGCAGUGAUCGCACCUGGUGAACAUCCGUUUAGCCAAGCUGUGUGUAUACUAAAAGACGGAGGAAAUUGUGAAAACUGUCCACAUCUGAAGAAUAGUGCCCUGCGCAGAAGGGACGUCCCGGGGUGGAACGUAUUAGAGAUGGCAGACGUUAGACGUGUGCUGGAGGUUGAGAAGAUCUCUGUACCUGCCCCGGUAGGGGUCAUGGGUGGAGAGGUACCUGCGGAGGUCCCGCAGGCGCCCAGGGAGCCAGGUAGUCAGACUAUGACCGUAGCAGACAGCUCCGUGUUUUACAGCGGAGAUGAAGAAAUUCCACAAGCGGCGCUUGGUUCUUCUACCUCCAUGCCUGUAGAAUGCAACUGGCCUGCAGGACUCGAGUCCGUUUCCCAGGUUCGGGAUUUAGGAGCAGAGGAGUCAGGGCAGUCCGUGUGUGGCAGUAUCGGGCCAACGGAAGAAGGCCACGUGUAUCACAGUGCUUCAGUGAUGAAGGACGUGGAGAAUUCGAUCGCGAAUAACGUGAGUCAUGUCACAUCUCCCGUGACUGCUCAGGCAGCGGAACGUGAGUCUGAAGCAGCGGUUAACAUCAGCAUGGCCCGCAGUGAUGAGCUCUUAGCAGUACAACACACAAUGGCUGCUGCAGGUGAAGCUGCACAGUUGCAUGUGGAGGACAAGAAGCAGAUGGAGCAGAGCCUGCUGUCGUACACGCUGACGGAGGCUCCCCUACAACCGCAGGCAGAGCAGGCAGGAGAAAUCCCGGAGAGAGGAGAGAGCAGUGACGCACACGAACAGGUCGGCGACAUUAUGCUUCCUGCCUCCGCCUCGCCUGGAGAUGAACUAGGUGUCUAUUCAGUGUGUAAUGGCAACAGUGUUAGAGCCAGACUUAACAUCUCAUUUAACCACUUAACCCACGAGAAGUACGGAACUGUCUCAUACAGGCAGAUUCGCAGAGGCCACACCCGACAGAGGAUCGAGGAGUUUGAGUCUAGAAUGCAGCUGUGAAAAUCCUGGAGAAGAGCAUCAUACCAUUCACAUUGGAUUUCACGAGUUUAAGAAUCAAAAUUUGGUCAAGUAAGCUUAAGCCUCAACAGAUUUUAUAACAAAGAGCAUCAGGCAGCAAACGAUUGUUUGAUUGUUAAGUUGCAGCUUAUUUGGUUUUGCAUUGAAUCAACAUGUAAUAUAUGACCAAAUGAUCUGGAACUUCAUAACAAUUCAUUAGCUGUCUAAAGUCAUGCACCUCUCUUGUAGAUUACUAGAGCAUUUGUGCAGCUCAUUGCACUGUAAGCUCGAAUAAGAUACCGCAGGUGACUUGAUAUUGUAGCUUGUCUGCAGUGCUGGCAUGUAUGCAGUUCUGUGUCUUAUAAAGCCGUGUACAUUAAAAUAAAAAUGAUCACUGAUAUAAUAAUGCUUUGUAAAAUGUAUGCAGAAUUUUGUCCAAAGCAUUUUUAAAGAUUGACAUUAACACAUUGUAAUAUUGAACAGUAUGUGGGCAAGUGAGAAAAAAAAUCUAUACUAUUAUUUUAUUACUAUAAUGUAAUCACAGUGUAGUAACACUACUGUGCAAUGAGCAUCUCUUAAGAUUAUAUUUAAUCUGGAUAUAAACAGAGAUGUGUGAAAUUAAAAAGGUGACAACCGAAUCUACACUUGAGAUGGAGUUCAUUUAAGAUGUGCUGUUGUAUUAUUUAAUAUACUGUGCAGUCUGUAGCAAACAUUUUUAUCACUAGCAUAUUACAGUGAAACACUGGCCAAUAAUGUGUAGUGCAAAAUGACAUCUGAAAUAUGAUCGCAUUAACAAAUUUAAAGCCAUCACAGCCACCGCCUCACAAUGGGACCAAAAGUAUCUUAGACAAAUCUACAUAAUAUUAACCAAUAUUAUACCAGUAAUAAUAGGACAAAUUAGAAGAGUACAAAUAUUAUUACUAGAAUAUACCAUCACUGGCCACUUUAUUAGCUACACCUUCCUAGUACUGGGUUAGACCUCCUUUUGCCUUCAGAACUGUCUUAAAUGGCAUAGACUCAACAAGGUACUGGAAACAUUUAGAGAUUUUGGUCCAUAUUGAUGUGAUACCAUCAGACAGUUACUGCAGAUUUGUCAACUGCAUAGCCUUGAUGCAAGUCUCCCAUUCCACCACAUCCCAAAGGUACACUAUUGGAUUGAGGUCUACUGACUGUGGAAGCUAUUUGAGUUCAGUGACCUCAUUGUCAUGUUCAAGAAACCAGCUUGAGAUUUGAGCUUUGUAACAUGGCAUGUUAUCCUGAUGGAAGUAGCCAUCAGUAGAUUCGUACACCGUGGUCAUAAAGGGUUGGACAUGGUCAGCAAUAAUACUCAGGUAGACUUUGGUAUGGUAGGUAGGUAGACAUUUGAAUGUUGCUCAGUUAGUAUUAAGGGGCCCAAAGUGCGCCAAGAAAAUAUUCCUCUAACCAUUAUACCACCACCAGCCUGAACUGCUGAUACAAGGCAGGAUGGAUCCAUGCUUUCAUGUUAUUUACAACAAGUUUUGACCCUACCAUCUGAAUGUCAGAGCAGAAAUUCCAUCAGUCUCAUUAAACAAUUUUUCCAAUC